AUGCCGGUUUUGAACGAGGUAUGCCGAAGAAUACAACGCGAACUUACGUUGCAAUUCGGACGUUUACGUGGUUUUGGUCCCGCAACAGUGAGCCUUCAGUUAGGACUAGUCCGAGUUUUAGCCAACAAAAUGUCUCCAUUACGAACUGGAAUCCGAAAAGGAGAUUAUCGUGUUUUCCUCUGGAAAGGACGCAUCCUUACUCGCAGUGAAUAUCUGAAAAUGAACUUAAUCGAUACCGAUGGAUUACCGUGA